UUCAGUGGCACUGCUGUCUGGCUUGCUGGGAAUGUUCUAGUGUUUAUUUUCUGCAGCCACUAGCCAUGGAGAGGGGUAUUCUCUGCUGCACAUCAGAGAGAGUGAUUGAGAAAGAGAAAAACAUUGGUGACGGAUGAAAGGGAGGGAACUUGCGAGGAAGAGGAAGGAAAAGCAGGCCUAUAUAAAGGAAGAAAGUGGGGCAAGAGCAGAGAGAGGUGUGGUUUGUGAGCAUAUUUGGGGAGACCUUCAGAAGCGGAACUGUAAGUACCACAGAGUCGUAAGUACAGUGACAAAAGCCUCCUGUGUGCAUGUAUGCGUCCAUGCAGGUGAAAAUUUUGUGUUUGUGAAUUGUCUGCCUGUGUGUGUGCAAGUGUGUGGGAUCAUGCCGGGGGUUGAGAACAGCUUGAAGGUGCGACGGUGCCUCACUUUUUCCACGGGUCUGGUAGAGUGUCUGUGUUUUGCUGGAGCCGUGUUCGGAUGGGCUUCGCUUGUUUUUGUCCUGAAGACGGAGGGCUACUUCGGCUCUCUGUGCGUCAACGCCACAGGAGUCAAUGGGACACAGGUCUUAGAUUGCAGCGGACAGGAUGAGCAGUUCUCGCUUGUUUUCACCAUUGCUUCCUUCAUGAACAAUUUCCUGACGCUUCCCAAUGGUUUCCUCUUUGACCGGUUUGGUACUACAGUGGCUCGGCUCUUUGGAAUAUCUCUUUACACCAUGGGUACCUUGAUGGUGGCCUUUGCGACGCCAGCUUUUUCCAACCUGCUCUUCCCAGCUCUGUCCCUCCUGGCAGUGGGUGGCAUCUUGUUUCUAAUCACCAACAUGCAGGUAGGAAACCUGUUCGGCUCACAUCGCUCCACUAUCAUCACUCUCUACAACGGGGCCUUCGACUCUUCCUCUGCACUCUUCCUUGUCAUCAAGUUGUUACAGGAGUCUGGUAUCUCUCUCCGGGCCUCCUUCCUCUUUCUGUCCGCCUGCAGUGUCAUUCACCUGUUUCGGACUUUCUUCCUGCUGCCCAAAAAAUUCAUUCCUUACCCACUGCCUGAUCACUACAUGUACGGGAUAACUUGUGGUAAAUCAAAGAGUCUGAGCUUAGAGCAGAAUGGUGACACACAGAGGACGACAGAAGAAACGCCACUCAACAAGGACGUCCCUGUGAAACAAGAGAAAAGUUUCCGUGAGUGUGUUCUGUCCAGGUUCUUUUUUUGGCAUCUGCUUUGGUUGUCGGUGAUGCAGCUCAGACAUUACCUCUUCAUCGGCACUCUCAACCCCAUGCUGCAGCGGCUGACGUUGGGAGAGCCUUCACUUGUGAGCCAGUACACCAAUGCCUUUGCUAUAACGCAGCUGUGUGGGGUGCUGUGUGCUCCCUGGAACGGCCUCCUCAUGGACAGACACAAGGGAAAACCUCGCGCUGCAGGAGAGAGUGAGCAGGAGUCAGACCUGCGGGCCUCAGUGCUUUCUCUCUUCCUGACGGCGCUGCAGUGUGUGCUGUUCUCGGUUUGUGCCACUACGCCGUACCUGCCUCUUCAGUACCUCACCUUCAUCCUGCAGGUGCUCAACCGUUCCUUCCUGUACGGCGGCAACGCAGCCUUCAUCAGUGUGGCUUUCCCAUCAUGCCACUUUGGGAAGCUGUACGGUCUGGUCAUGGCUCUGUCUGCAGUGUUCUCUCUGCUGCAGUAUCCCUGCUUUGCUCUGGUGAAAGGAGCUCUGGGUGGAGACCCUUUAUAUGUUAACGUUGGUCUGACGCUGCUCAGCCUGCUCGCCUUCAUCCAUCCCCUCUCUGUCUACCUGCACUGUCGAAGACUUUCCUCCCAGCGAGCCAAGAUCAAAGCCUCCUCUUAAAGUCUGUAAAAUGACUCGUACCUAUUAUCACCAGUGAAGCUGUUACCUCUUCAGUUUGUUUGAUUAAUCGUGUGUUGUGUUACCACAUGUAUGCUAGUUGGAAAGCAACAUGAGGUGCUUGUAAAUGCAUUUCAGAUUAUAGUGAAGAGCAAUUUAAAGUGCAGUCCUAGCACCUUUGCCACACUCUUAGAGCAUGUCUGCAGCCAAACUGAAUGUAUCUAUAAUAAUUAUUUUAUUAAUUAAAAGCUUCUGGUGUGCAGACUGCUGCGGUUGACCCUCCGUAUAACGCUUUACCCCUUGUGAGAUUUCCAGGAUACGUCAUUUUAUUUUCACAGAGUAAUCUGAUGCAUUAAUGCAAUCUUUUUACACUCACUACUAUAGUUAGAGUGAUGCUGAGUUGUUCCCUACAGCAUCUCAGCACCUAGUUACAAUCUUUGUUCUUUAUGGAAACCCACUGUUUGUUUGUUUUGUUUGUUUUGUUUACAGUUAAAAUUACUGGUGCUGGCUGCUCUAAUUCUACUUUUCCAUGACUGUGACAUGUCUUAUGUUACUUGUUUUAUCUAAGUUCAUGUAUUCGUGUCAUUUUUUUUAUAUUCUGUGUAAUACUAACCACACAUUACACCGUGGUUAUGGUGGUUUCAGAGUGCCAAAAGAUAACACACAUUGUUGUAAAAAGACAACAUUACAGAUGUUGUUGAUAUCAGUGUGGACCUCUUGAAGUGAUCUCUCUAUAUACAUAGUUUUCUAUCUUAUAACACAGUAUAGGACCAACAAUGUUUAGUGUAGUGACUGAAUGAGGGACAAUUGGGGGUCAAAUAUCAAUAUGUGUUGUUUUACUUGGACGGAUCAGUGACAGUGUAAAAAAUAUGCACUCUUUGGUAUAACAACUGCUCAGUAAGGCCCGUCUGUUAGGACAAAGGCCCUGUUUGCUUGCUGACAUGACACCGAUGUCUCUGUACUGUUUGCUGUACCAUGUGAGUUCAUUCAGAUACAUUGAAUAGAGCAAGAAACAGCUCUGCCACCUGCUGGCCUCUUAGUUAGCGACUAAUAUCACUGUUGUGCCAAACAUUACAGUAAAAUUAUGUAUUUUAUGUUUUGGUUGUAUCCAACAAAUGAAGUCUCAGGUAAUCAAUGUGUCUGUGUAGUUCAGAAGAAGAAGAAGUAAUGAUAUGUAAAGGAUUAUAAAGGGAAAUAUUUUCUUCAGUAUGUUUACAUUUGAGGUUGACUGUGUAUUUUACUGCAGUGCCAAGCCUCAAGUGGAUGUAACGUUGUUGAAAUGUUAAAAUAAAUAUGCAAACUGUUUUUAUUGUGCUGCAACACAUGAAAUGUACCUUUUAAAAUGAACUUAAACAGUUAAAGGGAAUUAUUGAGUUUUAAAAUUUACUUUUGCCCAAAUAAAUGUUUCAGUUUUAA